CCUUUCUUAACCGGGCAACCACCUCGGCUUACAUCACUAUCUUAAUUGAUUGUAUUAUUCCAAAGGCGACAGGGUUUCAUCCUUUGACGCGUUCGUCGGUCUGUGCGGGGAAUUGAUACUUCUUCGGGUAGAAUCCACCGCCAACACGCGCCCUUCCCCGUUGGAUUUCGAACAAAGAUACAUCGAUCACUAGCCGAGGCAUCCAACAAUCCGACUGCUUUCGCGGGGUUCGGAUAUCUGCAGACCCUACCUAUCAGUCUAAACAUCUCUGUAUGCAAUCGAUACUCAGCAGAGGUCAUUCACAUCAUUAAUACGGCCGUACCGGAACCGUCGCAUGGCUGUUGCCUGAGCCCCCUAUAAGUAUCUCUCCACUCUCGCGCUCAUUCCCAGAUUUGUACACCGUCAUCUUUAUACUCCACCAAGCUCGCACUUGCCACUAUACCUUCGAUAUACUGGUGUGCAUAUCCCACUAAGAAUAGUCCAUCCCAUACAACAGCGAAGUAUCAACAAUGACGGGCGCACUCAUUACCAGUGACCAAGCAUCCUUCGAUGUCUUGAUUAUUGGCGCCGGUAUAUCCGGAAUCAACGCCGCAUAUCGCUUGCAGCAGUCAUUUCCCCAGUACAAAUAUGCGAUCCUGGAAGCACGCGAUCGUAUUGGCGGCACCUGGGAUCUAUUCCGCUAUCCAGGGAUCCGAUCCGACUCGGACCUCUACACGUUUGGCUUCUCGUGGUAUCCCUGGAAUCGAUCAAACCCCAUCGCCGAAGGAGAAGACAUCCUAGCAUAUCUCCAAGAUGCUAUGACAACACACAAUAUCAGCCCUAACGUUCUGUUUCGACACCGGGUUCUCUCCGUCGAAUGGGAUCAACGAAGCUGGACGGUCAACAUUCAACACGAUGGCUCUCAAUGCCAAUACACUGCGAAAUUUCUCAUUUUUGGAACCGGUUACUAUGACUAUAAUGAGCCGCUGGCCACUCAGAUUCCCGGAAUUGAAGACUUCAAAGGAAACGUGAUUCAUCCUCAAUUCUGGCCUGAAGAGUUUGACUACACGAACAAAAACAUUGUCAUCAUUGGCAGCGGUGCUACUGCCGUGACCCUCGUUCCCAAGCUUGCAGAAAAGGCUGAUCGCGUGACGAUGCUCCAGCGAAGUCCUACAUACCUUGCAGCAGUCACUAAUCGAUACGCUGGAGGUUGGUUGAGCCGAAUACUACCAACAACGAUCACCUACUACAUCAAUCGACUGAAACGUCUUAUUUCCGGUCGCCUGCUCUUCGCUUUCUGUAAAAACUAUCCCAACGCAGCGAGGGCUAUGCUUGAAAAAGGGCUCCUGAAGCAGCUUCCGCCCGGAUACCCAUUGAGUCCACAUUUCAAGCCACGCUACAAUCCGUGGGAACAGAGGCUCUGCGCAUGCCCGAAUGGCGACUUCUUCGCGGCUCUACGAUCUGGAAAAGCCCAUGUCGAGACCGGGUACAUUGAAACCGUCGACUCGGGUGGUAUUCAAUUAACAUCGGGCAAAAAAUUGUCCGCAGACACUAUUGUCACGGCGACCGGGCUCAAGCUACAAUUCAUGGGAGGCAUCCCCAUCAUUGUGAACGGAGAGAAAAUCGAACUCUCCGAGAAACACAUGUGGAACGGCUUCAUGCUUCAGGACCUGCCCAAUGCAGCUCUCAUGCUUGGAUACACCAAUGCAUCUUGGACACUAGGCGCCGAUGCGAGCAUGUCUUCCAUCUGUCGACUGCUGAAACUUAUGGAUCGCAAGGGCUAUGCCGUGGCUUGUCCUACUCUCAAAGACUCGUCAAAUCUGGAGCCACGUCCAUUGCUUGAUCUCGCCUCGAAUUAUAUUAAGCGUGCUCAGGGUGUUCCUAGAGCUGCAUCUUUGCGACCGUGGAUUGGCCGGACGGAUUACUUUUCUGAUUUGUGGUUUGCGACUUUUGGAAAUAUUAGGAAUGGGUUAGAGCUUAGUGCUUAGGGUAAUAGGUGAUGGAUGGGAUUUGGAUUUUGUUUCAGCAGCAGGGACUGUAAUCAUUGAUUUCCAUUAGCUUUGUUUAAUAGGACAUGACAAUCUGUGAAUGAAUCUUGGAAGAGCGAAGAGCAGUUAUA